GUAGCUAAGGGAACCGAUGAUUGAGCCUCUCUGGGAACAACAGUCAAGAUCAGCAGCUCUUAAAACUGAGAGUAAAGAUUCACAUGCAGCAGGGCCCCUAAUCCAGAGAGUGAAACAUGGGCUCUACCCAGAAAGGCUCCAUGUCUCAGGCAGCCAAGAUGACUAAAGUCCCGCUUAAAGUUUCUGCUCCCAUGCAGCGAGGGUCUGAGGUCACCCAGCGAGGCCCUUGUGUAGGCCACAGAGGUGCAGAUUUGAACCGGAGCAUGUCCCCCCAACGUGGACUGGAAAGCCGUCAAACUGUUGCCUCCCAAAGAGGGCUAGAUGUCCCUCGAGCUGUUUCCCCCCAGUUUGGGUUUGAAUUCUCCCGAGCUUGCUCUCCCCAAGGGUUUGAAUCUGGUUCUAGCCAUCCAAAGGCCGAAGCGACCCGUCAUGGCUCACCUCAACGCAAACCUGAAUACAGCACAGCUUCCCAUGUGAACUUGCUUGCCCCGCCAGGGAGAGUGCAGAUGAGAUCUGAUGGUCCUUGCCAUGGUAGCACCCUUAGGACCCACAGUCCAACAAUACAGGAUCAAACACAGAAAAAUAUGGUUGCCCCAAGGCAAGAGAGCCAUCGUUGCUUAUUUCCCUCAGAUGUCAAAAUCUCUUCCCGGGUACCGUGCUCGAUUCCUUCGGUUACCAUAUCGAGCUGUCAGUGGGAUGCGGAACCACCACCUUCCAGGGUUACAAACCCUCAAGGGGUCCGAAGCCCUCGAAGGCGUUCAGUUCAGCCCAAGGAUGAGUGCACCCAGACUGAUAUCAAAAAGAAUUUGGUCUAUUCUGAGAGUAAAAGUGUCUCAAGGAAACCACCCUGCUCAGAUGCAGCCCAUACUGCGCUGGAGACCAAACCAACCCAAAGAAUUGUGCAAGACAUUCAUCCAUGUGCCCGCAGCACGAUCCAUGCAGAAACGAAGGCAUCCCACAGAAACUUGGGGUCUUUAGAAGUAGAGUCAGCUGUGAAGGUUUCAUUCCGAAAGGAUCCUGAUCAUUCACAAAAAGUCAUAGGCCGAUCAGAAAUUGAAACAGUUCAAAGGCAGGUUCCAUCUCCCACCAGGGUGGCAAUAUGCCAGGAGGCAGAGUCAGCUAUCAAGACCAUCCGUCCGGGGCGAGACUCACGGAGGGUCACCAUCCUAACAGAGUCUGAGUCCUCCUCUCCGUGUCCUUGCAGGCAAAUGAGCGAUCCUUGCCACAAACCUCCACUUAAGCCACCGCCGUGUUCUGAAAUCCCCCCGAAGGUUGCUGCUGUUACAGAGCCAGAAUUAACCCCCCGUCCUCUACCACCCAGGUCCUUACCCAAGUACGGCCCUGAGUCUUCGUGGUGGAUCUUGUUCCACCCAGAACCUCCCGAGCCUCCAAAGUGUGAGACCCUCCUGACGCAGUCCGAACACAGGUCAUCUCAUCUGGACCUUUUCAUGUCCCAGAUAGAGAUAGCCUCCGCUUACUGUGAAGAACUAAUCAUACAGAACGAGAAGGCAACUUCUCCUGAGCCACAGUGUCCAUGUAAGCCUUCAAGCAGAGUGUCAUCCAGGGAUUUGCUGAAGACUGCUCUGCAGCCCUUGGAGUCGCCCGAAUGCAUGGAGGAUGGAACCAUUCAAAGGUUUAGUGCUUUCUUCCUGGAUGUUACCGAUGAGAUGCUUAAUCGGGUCAUCUGGUGGUUGAAAGGUUUGUGUUUUUGGCCCAUUUUUGUCAUUUGGAAGUGGGGAUAGUGACGGGUGUGGGAG